AAAAAACAAUGCCAAAAAUGGCGGCCAAGUCAAAGAAGCGGCUGUCUAAAAUUGAAAAUAAGCUAUUAAAAUUAGAAAAAUUGGAACUCAGUGAUAUUAUAUGUUCAAUAUGUCAGUCAAUUUUAGUAGAACCUGUAACCCUGCCGUGCCAUCAUGAUUUUUGUCAAUGUUGCUUUAAUGAAAGUAUCGAAAAUAAUGCUUUGUGUUGUCCUCUAUGCCGAUUGCGAAUAAGCUCUUGGCUACGAACAGCGACAAAACAAAAGAGUGUAGUUAAUUAUCAACUUUGGAAUUUCAUUAAAACCAAAUUCCAUGAGGAAAUCGACAAGAAAAUUAAAGGAGAAGAUAUAAACCUGCCUUCAGAUACUCCAUUGCCUAGGCUAAGUGCACCAGGAGAGAUAAGAUCUGAAUAUGAAACAGAACUCAAAAGACUCAGAACAGAACGCUUGAGGCUUGAAGAAAAACAAUAUAAGGAGACUGAAAUUCUUAUAAAGAGGCUCCAACAAGAGGAACAAGAAACUCAUAAAAAAUAUUUGGAAAGUCUGAAACAGGAUGAGUUCUUAGCGCAGAAGUUGCAAGAAGAAAGUGCUAAAAGUAAUUUAGAAGAGUCUAAAAGAAAAACAGCCAAAACUUCCUUUACCAAGGCCAGGUUAAAGCCUACAACAAUAGAUAGUUAUUUAACAAAAAGUAUAACACAGCCAACAAGUGUUAAUAACAGUCCAUUGUUAACGGAUGAUAAUAGCAGUAUUGAUACCUCAACUCCACCAUCCACCAAAGCCAUUAACAAAGUCUCUCCAGAAAUAUUACCAAACUAUGGAAGACUUUUGAAGAACUUUUUAGAUAAAAAACUAAAAACUGGAACUAUUUGGAAUAAGGAAAACGGUGAUAAACUGAAGGAAAAGGAGGAAGAACAACAAAUAAACGAAAAGACAGCCAGUAGUAAAGAAAAAACAAAUGUCAAAACAAAAAACGGUAUACAAUCAGUUCGCGUCUCCUUACCACUGCCACAUACAGGAAUAUUGCAACACAAACCAAGUUUGCCAGACAACAGGAAUCUUGAAACUGGUAGCGUUGAUUCAAUGUGCCAAGAAUUAUGCUAUUUUAAACCUAUUGAAGGAACUACACCAACAAGUUUCAACACAAGCAAGACUCUACCAUUGAGAGUGCCUGGAUUGAGGGUAGAUAAAGAAAUUAUUAGUCCUCAGAAUAAAAUUACACCAACUCGUGAUCAAUACAUAGAGGGUCUGAGUCAACUGCGAAAUUUGUCUCUGGCUCAAAAACUACCUUCAGCAUUUGUCGUAGCACUCAGUAUAUUGAAAUCUAAAAAGGAGGUUCCCAAAAAGUUGACCAGGUCAAAGGUGAAGAAAGCAAAUAACAUAUGUGUGCCUAAACGAGUUGUAUUAAACAAAAACAAACAAGCGGAACUGGUUGAUGGAAUCACUAAAUCAAACGCCGAAGUAUCAUUGCGACGCACCAGGUCUAUGGGAAGCAUUUCGAAGGGUGAAAACGAAAUCACUCCAAAGAAAAAAGUGAAGGAAAGAAAAUCAUAUUCUGACAGAAAGCCAUAUUUGAGAAGUGACUCUAAAAGAAUGCACCUCAAAAUGUCGUCAUGCAGUCCACCAUCAUUGGAGGCUAAUAGUAAGGUUAGUUUAGCUGUUAAAAAUUUAUCUAGUCCAUUGGAAAAUUGUGAUGUAAACAACAUUUUGCGGGAGCAGCUACGGAUCGAGAAAAUAAUUGAACAGGAGAAGAAUGAUUUUGAGUUAGCACGAAGGAUGGAGGCCGAGUGGAACGGACGCACGCUGCGCCGCGCGCCCGCCAAGCGGCAGGUCACCCUCAACUACGAUCUGAGACCUGCUAAGAAACUUAAAGUUUAGUGCAGCUACCUCAAAAUAUAAUGGGGAUGAUGACUAGGUUUGAAUAUAAUGAUUUUAAUGAUACAUUCGGGUAAAUGUUAACUAAUUUAUACAUUAAAAGCAAAGAUUGUCUGGAUAUUUGCAAAACAAAUAAGAUUAACAUCUUUUAUCGUAUUUAGAUGAAAAUUCAUACAGUUUUAGCUUCCUUACAUUAAUUGUAACAUUUUUCAAUAUUUGAACUAUAAACAUAAUCGCACAAAUGACAAAGAUAUUAGUCAUUUUGUUUGAACGCCCAUACAAAUCUAACGAUCAUUAUGAGCUACGACGUCAUUAAAUCGUACCAUUUUUUAUGGGGCAUUUUUCAGGGAUCCGUGGCAGCGCCGCAAAUCUGACCCUUUAAAUCCCUGUACCUCCGAAAGUAAUGAUUGCAGAUACCCUGUUACUUUUGCAAAAUUGCUUUAUUAGCAUACUCCUAAUUUAUAUACAAUUUAAAAACUGUCAUCAUCCCUAUUAAGGUCUAAGAUCCGAUAUUAGAAAUAUAUACCCAGAUCUGUUAUUCAUUAGUGCUUUGAAAUAAAAGAUACAUUAUGUUUACAGUGACACAUUGCAAAUAUGUUGCCUAGUUAAAUUGCGGCAAAACGCAUUUUUCAUACAAAAUCUAGGAAACCGUUAACUAGGUCAUAGACACCAUAAUACAGAUAAAUUUAGCAUAAAAUAAGCUUUCAUUUGACAUAUUAGAUGACUAACUGAUGAGGGUAUGUGGAUAAUAUUACUUAACUGUUUGUAGCAAUCCCACAGUUGCAGUGUAAAAGUAUGCAAGCCUUUACUUUUUAAAUUAUUUUGGGUUUAAACUGGUUACGAGUACACAUUUUUUUUUGGGAAGGAUAUUAAAUAAAUAAUUAUGCAUUUAAUACUAUCCGCAAAUUAACUAAGCAUCCCAUGUGUAACGUGUCAAUGUAAAUAGUUUUCUAUCAUUUAUUUCUCAUCCCAAUUAUAAACAGAUGAGGGUAGGCAUAUAUUUCUUAUGCCGCGUGUCGUACUAAUAUAGCCAUUCUCAGGUAGAACCUGUUUACUUCAACGUUGCGCGUCAAAUAGUUAAGACUACAACCCAUUUGAGUACUUUCUCGUAUUGAUUUUUAACUUUAAAUUCAAGGAGCUGUAUGAAAUAUUUGUAGCAUACAGUCAAUGCUAUCAAAUCGUUCAUUUAUCCGUAAAUCCGUCGAGAUAGUAAGACUGCUUUCUCAUAAGAAAUGUGUAUGAAUGUUUGUAUGUAUAAUGUACAUUACAUCUAAACGUCAUAUUUCCUUCUUGAUUCUGAUUGUCGUUCAAAGCUUGCUAUUUUGAAUUUAAAAAAGUACUGAACAAUACUCAGUCAAAUAAUUAAUAAUUGCUUGAAUUAAAUCAGUGAAUCACUUACCCUGAGAGCUUUUAAGUUUAAGAGGCCGUGUAUUUCGAGUAAAUACUAUUUUAUAAUAAAUCCCACCUGUUUUAAUGUCAAAUUGAAAUGUUAAUUAAUUCUUUUUAGCAAUAGAUUGCUUAUCAAGAAUUGUAAGUUAUUUAUUGUUAGAAUAGUGCUUUAUAGUGCAACUAUUUUAAUAGACCAUCAUUUCAACCAAGUAUAAACCCUGGCAAAUAAGUUGAACAUAAUGGCGGUCAUCUGAUAGUUGACUCACAUCAAAUUUAAGUAACUACAAUUAGCCUAAGCUAGUCUAUGUAAACUAAAGUGAUAGACGCAUGCUUCUUGGUUGCCCAGUAAGUACAUUAAAGAUGUUUAAUUGAAAAAAUCGUAUACUAAAGUAAUGGCGUCAACGUGUUGCUAUGGUUACUCAUCGUAUAUCGCUAACAUCCGAAAAUAAGUCACUGCGCAUAGUUCAACUUAUAGGCCGCGUAAUAUACAUAUUGCAUAUUUUACUUAUGUAGAUAAUUUCCAAUAAACAUCGAAUAGCUACAUGAAAUAAGCUGCAAAAAUAUUGUUUGCCGCGAACGCGCGUGUAAGCAAGCAAAGUGGUAAAAUUAAACAAAAAUUGAAGCGAUUUAAUAAUAAAUCCUAAGAGUAGCAAGGGAUUCAACGGCACGAAGCCGCAAUACCUAUUAACUAUACCUAACUUUACCUUGCUACAGCAAGCAAACUAUAUACAUACCUAUGUAAGAAACAUAUUUUAAUAUAUAGCAUUCUACCAAGUGGAAUAAAUUUUAUCUUGAUAUUAUUACAUUAUUGUUGUCUAUGUACCUAAUUGUUUUAAUUACUUACUGAUAGUGCAGUAAUAAGUGUGUGACGUUUUAAAUUUAAAAACAUCACUUUAGAGCUCCAAAUACAUAACGUCUUUCCAAGUCAGUUAUGUGAAAACUGUAUUUAAAGACAUUUUUUUUUGUAUGAUUUCAAUAUCAAUUAUAACAAUAAUUACAUUCAGCGUAGUUAUCAUGUAAUAUUUUAUGAUAAAUAUAGUAUAUUUUUCGUGUAAAUAUAAAAUCCUAAAAUGUUGUCUUCCGAGCCAUAGCUAUACGCCUAUACCUACUAUAGUUAUACAAGUCAUAUUCCUGUAAUAGUAUCACAUGUCUGCACCAUUUGAAAUACUCCAGUCAAAAUAGACAUAAUCUUGCAUAAUUUCCCAAGAAGUUUACCAUUUACUAGAACGCUAAAGUUGCUAAAGGUCAGAUAUAAUGAAAUUGAAUCCCCGUGGAACCCGUGUGUAAAAAAUGUAUGCAAGGUCAAAGUACCGCAAAAUUGGGAUAUUUUUUUAACACACAAUGGAUGUACAUCGCAGACGAUUUAUAUAUUGGUCUAAGGUGUGUUCCUACUAUACUACACCUGCAAGCGAACGUAUUUGCAAAUUAAUACAUUGAUUGGUUUGAUUGUUGAAAAAUUAAUACGACGUUAGUAAAUUUUAGAAUCAUUUUCCCAAAUUAGGGAAAUGUGUAUGCUGAACUUCCAGGCUUCCUUAUUUAUAGGAGUGGAUAUGAAGAUUAGACCCACCACGCUGCUCCCAUGAGAGUUGGCGGAAUUAGAUCUUGAUUUAAUGAACAACCACUGACAGAUGUUAAUGAUAAUGACCGGGAGCGGCGGCUUAAUGUGGUACGUGGGUAAAACACCGCCAACUUCCCGACUCCUAUUUUAACUGAAAACUUCUUAGAGAGAAAAACUAAACUCUUAGGGCUAACUUGACUGGAAAAUGGCAUGUAGGUACCUACCUAACUUUUAAUUCAAUUGAACAUUUCGUUCAUUUUACUUUCGAAAAAUAAAAUAUAACUGAAAAUCAUUAUUUUUACUGAUUUUUAAAGUAGUUUUUUAAAAUAAUACCUAUCACAUUACAUGUUUAUAGGAGUAAAAUAAUUUAUAAUUAAAAUAAAAAAGGUACAUUUCACGAAUGUAAUACGGAAUUUGUAUGUCCUGUAGAAUGAUUGUUUAAAAUAAAUAAAAUGUAGGUAGAAUAAGAAUGUUAAAUAAUAAUUAUUGAGCCAUAUACAUACAAAGCAGGCCAUAUUGAAAGCUUUGGACUCUACCUUCUCCUUAUACAUCCUAAACAAAAGAAAAUAGCAAAUAAGGAAAAUGUAUCUCGUCAAUUUAAUCCCUGUGUUAUGUAUUUUGGUAAGACAUCUAAGAUGCAUUAUUAUUAAUGGCUUUAGACUUUUAGUAAGAAUAUCUAUAUAAAUAUAGAUUGUAAGAAAGUAUUAAUAAUAUUGCUAUUCAACAUUCUGAAUAUCUAAAUUGUAUGGUGUCAGUUCUACUAGAAACAUAAACAGUUAUUCUAUAAAUAUUUUCCUUCACGUUCACGUAGCUUUACUCUAUACAUGCCCUGUAUGUUUUGUUACUUUCUACCCGAACUGGCAAAUCGUUCUCGUGUAAGUGGAAAUUUCACAAUGUCGCCCAGUGUUGUCAAUUUUAUGACUGCUUCCUGUCACUGCCGUGCCUCCAAUGGCGUGCAAGCUACUCAGGGGCUAGGCGGUGCAAUGCCCCGGGGUCCUCCAGCUCAGGGGGCCCUAGAAUCCUUACCAGAAAAUCGCGAUCUAUUGCGAAAACAAAAUGUACAAUUUCGAAAACAAAAGAAGAGUUGAUGAUAAAAACUUAGCAUUUUUAUGUUUUUGUAUAUAUUUAAUAUUUUUACUUGAUAAAACCAAACCAGUCUAGAUAGUGUGGGGCCCCAAUUUUCAUCACUUGCACCAGGGCUCUUGGUUACCUAAGCUACGCCUUUGCGUGCCUCGUGUGCAUUUGAGCGAGGUGCAGCGAAAUCCAUGAUCCAUGAUCCAUAAUUAAAUAUAGGUACUGAGGCGAUGUAAUACUGAUCAGGUCGCUCUUAUAGAGUCAAUCAACUCUGACACUGGGCAUGCUCAAGCCCAUGCUUAAGAUUGUCCCAGAGUCCCCGUAUCGUUAUUCGGUAGUAUUCGGUAUUCACACUAGGUACUUUUGAAACCUUAUUUUUAUCAAUACCCAUUUUUUAUAUUGAUAUAAAUUUUCAUCACCUAUAUUUAAUAGCCCAUAACAUACCUUUGAUCUAUCGAACCUGUUUUAUGUAUCACAAAUCACAAUUGAUUGAAACAGCACAGUGGAGCAGUGGGUAGAGACCCUACCUUCUGCAUCCCAGGGCUGUGGGUUCAACCUGGGUUAUUUAUUUAUUAUAAUUAUUUACGUAUGUUCAUUAGCUAUCCUUCAAAUGAUUUUCUUUGGGCCUAUAUAGUGAUGUGUGUAUUUUCCAAAUAUAUUUAUUUAUAUUUUUUAGUUCCUAAAUCUACCUCACUAAAUUGUUGAGCCUUUCUGAACUGACACAAUAUGUUUAAUGAUGUGUAAUAAAAAUAAAAUUGUAUGUAACAUAAAAUGUAGUAGGUUUAAGAAUGUAAUCCAUAAACAAUUUUGUGACUUAGAUAAUUGUCAUUGUAUUGUUUUUGCAUAAUAACGAUCUCUUACUGUAUGGAAAUUUCGUGUGAAAAUCAGUCAUUUAAAUAUAAUUAUUAUUGGUUAGUAUUUGAUAAUAUGAUUGUAAAUGAGAAAUAAGUAAUAUAUUUGAAUAAAAUGCUUCAGUUCAUCGUUAUAUUAAUAUAGAAGAAAAACUUAUUUCAUAAAGUUGUAUGUUUUGCAUACAUUUUAACUAUUUUAUAAGUAGAAGAUGUGUGAUGGUCGCCACUCGCCAGACAAUUUCAAUGUUAUUUUUGUAAAUGCUUGCUGUGAUAUACCACAAGUUCUUGUACUCAAUAAAAGACUUUCAAGCUUGUGGUAAGAAGUUUUAGUUUUAAUUUGUUUUAAUUAGUAAAUGUGUAUUCAUGUGUAAAUAAUAAUUAAAAAUUUAAUUAAACAAACUUUUUUAAUAAAAAUAUUCAACUAAA